GUGGAUGAAUGUGGCCUACCUUGGUGGUUGUUAUUCCUUUUAAACUAUCUUCACUUGCUUGAGGAAACCAGAAGCAUGUUGCUUUUAACUAUCUUAUCUUGUAAGUAUUGCCAUAUUGUUAGUAUGGAUUGGAAACUACAUUUCAAUGGAAUUGCUUUACAAAAAUUGCCAUUGGAUCAAAUAGUUCGUCAAUUUUCAUGGAGUUACUCCGCUGUGGCAAAUGGGCCUAAGUUUGGAUAUCUGGAAGCUCCAAAACCUUCACGGGUGAUGUCAACCGCAUUCUCUUUUUCUUGUUUUGGUGCAAGUGUAAAAAGGUCCCAAUUACUUCAAAAAAUACCAUGGCACUACCAAACAGAUUUGUUAAAAGUUAAUGGCGUCGCCCGGACUGGAACCGAAGAUCUUCAGAGUGUUAAACUAGCGUGAUAACCAACUACACCACGACAUCUUAUUGGUUGCAAGCUUUCCUGUGCACAAAAAUUUAACUGCGUUUUUAAACAACCGCGCCACUGUCCUCCCUUUCAGCCCAGUGUGCAAAUGAGCAAAGUUCACGCUUGCCGGGAACCCAUUAGUCGUAGUUUUGGCGGCAAAAGCUUCAAAUCGCCUAGGGUUUCUUCUCGGCAAAUUGUCGACCAACUUCACUUGUAAAAAAGAUUAUAGAAUUUAUGCAGUCUCUUCCAAUAGGGCUAUCCCAAUUAUCAAACAGUUUGCAGGCACGACAACCCCGAGCUGCUCACAGCUCCAUGUGAUUACGCGUCCCUCGUCUCAACGAACACCCCCAUGGAAGGUGGAGUUUCGGAGUCCAACGUUAUCAGGCAGAUAAACAAAAAUGUAGUCCACCGAAUCUGCGCUGGACAAGUCAUUUUAGACCUCUCAUCCGCGGUGAAGGAGCUCGUUGAAAACAGCCUUGACGCCGGCGCCACUAGCAUCGAGAUUGCCUUGAGAGAGUACGGCUUGGAAUCCUUUCAAGUUAUUGACAAUGGUUCCGGCAUUUCCCCGCAGAAUUUCAAAGUUCUGGCGCUGAAGCAUCACACGUCCAAGCUCUUGGAUUUUCCAGACCUUCAGUCACUAACGACUUUCGGUUUUCGAGGGGAGGCCUUGAGUUCACUGUGCGCAAUGGGGGAUUUGACUGUGGAGACGCGGACGAUCAAUGAGGUUGUUGCAACACAUCUCACAUAUGAUCGCACGGGUCUUCUGACAGCUGAGAGGAAGACUGCUCGUCAAGUUGGAACCACAGUUACCGUCAAGAAGUUGUUCUCCAAUUUACCUGUGAGGAGCAAAGAAUUCCGCCGAAAUAUCCGCAAGGAAUAUGGCAAACUAAUCAGCUUGUUGAAUGCAUAUGCUCUAAUUGCUAAAGGAGUUAGACUAGUUUGCACCAAUACGACUGGGAAAAAUGUAAGGUCUGUAGUGGUAAAGACACAGGGCAGUGGAUCCCUCCAGGAGAAUAUUAUCACAGUGUUUGGCACAAGUACUUUUUCCUGCCUAGAGCCUGUGACACUUAGCAUAUCAGAUGGCUGUGUGGUUGAAGGCUUCAUUUCCAAGUCCGGUUAUGGAAGUGGGCGCAAUAUAGGGGAUCGGCAGUUCUUUUUUGUUAAUGGCCGUCCAGUCGAUAUGCCCAAGGUUGGUAAGAUUGUGAAUGAGUUGUAUAGAGGUGCAAAUUCCAGACAGUAUCCUAUCGCCAUUAUGAGCUUUUCUGUGCCAACUCGAGCAUAUGAUGUCAACGUUACUCCUGACAAAAGAAAAAUAUUUUUUUCUGAUGAAAGCUCCAUUUUACAGUCUUUAAGAGAAGCUUUGGAGAAGAUUUAUUCAUCUAACCAGGCGAGUUAUUCGAUUAACAGAAUAGAUGAACUUAGCGAUGACAAACUUGCCUCCAAUAUUUAUUCUCGGCAUGAGAGCUCUCAAUCGCCUUCAAAGCACUUAUUUCCAGACAAUGUUCUAGUUCAUGAGGAAGGAGAUGAUGGACUAUAUGCAGAUGGUGGCACUACUCCCACAGCAGCUGAAGAAAAAAUCAGAGAUUCGUUUGGUGAGGAGCUGAUGCAGAAGAGUGGUGCUUGCUCAGUGAUAGAUGGGUUUGCACUCGGAGUUCAUUGCAAUCAGAAGAACAAUUCUUCUGUAAAUUCUGAUGAGCAAAUUAUGGAUCUUUCUGAUAAAACUCGUAAACAUGCUCCUCUCCAGUCAAGAUCAGCACAGAAAGGUGUUAAUUCACUGCAGCACUCGAGUAGCAUACAGAUGUCACUCAAUAAGUUUGUUACUGUAAAUAAGAGGAAACAUGAAAGUGUUGAAACUGCCAUGUCUGAGAUCCCACUCCUUAGAAGUGGACCUCGUAUGGAUAGAUUAAGAGACUACAGCUCUCCAAAGCGUUCUGCACCUACAAGAUCUCCAGACAAUAGUAUUGAGAUUGAUGAUCCCGAUAAAAUGAAACGUAUUGAGUCUCAACAAGCCAAAUCAACUAUCAACCAUGUUUUUGGUGAAGCAGAUAUGAGUAUCCUGUUUCCUUGUGGAAAGGGAGCUACAGAGAAAAUCAAAACCCCAGAACAGAAAGCGAAAGAUAGAGUACUAGAUUCAGAUUCUGUACUAUCUGCUUCAAUUGGCACGGACUUUCAACUUGGAGGACAUGACUUAUCAGAUGCACCUAUUCCUUUACAACCUUCAGGUGCUUCCACAGACUCUCCAGUGGUUUCUUCAGGUUCGAAGGUUGGUUUCUCAUUGCGGUUCAGUUUUGAAGAUUUGAUGUCAAGGAGGAAGCAGAGGUUGUCAAGACUACAGAGCUGCAGUCAUACAUCUGGAAGAAUAAAUUUGAAAGGCGGUUUUGCUGCAGCAUCACUGGAGCUCUCACAAGGAGUAAAUGAAGAGGGGAAGGCUAGAGCCUUAGCUACUGCUACCAGUGAGUUGGAAAGAUUGUUUAAGAAGGAAGACUUUAAACAAAUGAAGGUGAUUGGACAAUUUAAUCUUGGAUUUAUUAUUGGCAAGUUAGAUCAGGACCUUUUUAUAGUGGAUCAGCAUGCUGCAGACGAGAAAUACAACUAUGAGCGCCUGUCUCAAACAACUGUUUUGAAUCAGCAACCUUUACUUCGGCCACUAAAAUUGGAGGUAUCUCCUGAAGAAGAGAUAGUCAUCUCCAUGCACAUGGAUACCUUCAGGAAAAAUGGUUUCUUAUUGGAUGAGAACAUGCAUGCUCCUUCAGGACAACGUUUCAUACUGAAAGCAGUUCCCUUCAGCAAAAAUAUAACUUUCGGUAUUGGAGAUAUCAAGGAGCUUAUAUCUAUUCUCUCUGAUAGUCACGGUGAAUGCUCCAUGAUCGGGAGUUACCGAUCAGACACUGCUGAUUCAGUUUGCCCACCCAAAGUACGUGCGAUGCUAGCAUCACGUGCUUGCAGGUCAUCCAUCAUGAUUGGAGAUUCGCUUGGGAGGAAUGAGAUGCAAAAGAUAUUAGAACAUUUGGCGGUCCUCAAGUCUCCUUGGAACUGUCCGCACGGGAGACCAACGAUGCGUCACUUGGUUGACUUAAGAACCGUGCAUAGAAGCACAGAUGAAGAAGAGGUGGAUUUGUGAUAAAACCUCCCCUUGCAGCUACCAGUGUGUAUAAGUUAUUGAUUGGUGAUGUUAGUUAAUGAACUUUUGAUUUUCAUUGGUCGAACAGGAGUUGUAGUCAUGUUAAAAACUAGUGUGUUCCAUCAUCAUUUGUAAACCUUACCCCGGUUGGUUGUAAAUAGCAUCCCGCAGAUAAGCAGGCAGUUUUGUUCCAAA